CUUCAGCCUCAUCUGACCCUUCUCCAGCUGGGAUAUCAAAAGGAUCGGUGAGGUCAAGAAGUGAACCUCAGCAGUAUCAGGAAUAACAACCACAAACUUGGAAAAAUGAUAAAAGUCUAGUUAAACCACUUAACGAACCUGGACUCACCUGUGGGGUUAAACGUGUUUCUGCUCUGCUCCAUGUUGUUUUUGUGAGGGCUGUGAGAUGUCAGCUCCAGCUGACACAGAGGAGGAGGAGGAAGAGGAGGGAGCUCAGAGGAGACAGAGAGCAACCGAGGACGGAGGGAGACUCGCCGCAGCAGGUAAAUCUGCAGCAGCAAGGCUGGUGGCCAUGAGUCUGGACGAAGAUGCCCGCUGGCUGGAGUGGGUGACCAAACAGUUCGAGACCAUCGCCGGAGAGGACAAAGAGAUCGACCUGGAGGAGUUUAAAACAGCUCUCAAGGUCAAAGAGUCUUUCUUCGCCGAGCGUUUCUUUGCACUGUUUGACUCGGACGGCAGCGGCUCCAUCAGCCUGGACGAACUGCUCAAAGCUCUGGACCUCCUGAUCCACGGCAACGAGACCGACAAGCUCCGCUUCCUAUUCCAGGUCUACGACGUGGACGGCAGCGGUUCAAUAGAUCCAGACGAGCUGAAAACGGUUCUGAAGUCAUGUUUACGUGAGAGCGCCAUCUCUCUGCCGGAGGAGAAGCUGGAUGACCUCACACUGGCUCUGUUUGAGUCCGCCGAUAAGGACAACAGCGGCUCCAUCACCUUCGAGGAGCUCAAAGCUGAACUGGAGACGUUCCCCGAGGUGAUGGAGAACCUCACCAUCAGCGCUGCUAACUGGCUGAAGCCUCCUGAUCUGGACCAGAAGAAGCGUCAGACCCCUCGCUACCUGACCCGGGCCUACUGGCAGAACAACAGCCGGAAGCUGCUGUUCCUGGCUGUGUACUCCCUCCUUAAUCUGCUGCUGUUCAUUGUUGCCAUGUUGCGGCACAGCUACGGUGGGCCUUGGUUCAUGGUGGCCAAAGGCUGCGGCCAGUGCCUCAACUUUAACUGCACGUUCGUCAUGGUGCUGAUGCUGCGGCGCUGUUUGACCUGGCUCAGGGCCACGUGGGUGGUGAGGGUGUUUCCUCUGGACCAGAACAUCCUGCUGCACCAGAUUGUGGGCUACGCCAUCCUCGGAUUCACGCUGGUGCACACUGCCGCACACGCCUUUAACUUCGUCCAGAUGACGGAGAGCGGUGAGUACAGCCUGUGGGAGUACCUGCUGACCACCCGGCCUGGGAUUGGCUGGGUGAAGGGGACGGCCUCGCUGACCGGAGUCGUCCUGCAGGUGCUGAUCUGCCUCAUGGUGCUCUGCUCCAGCACGUUCGUGCGCCGCAGCGGACACUUCGAGGUGUUUUACUGGUCUCACCUGUCCUACGUGUGGGUUUGGAUCCUGCUGAUCAUUCACUGUGCAAACUUCUGGAAGUGGUUCGUGGUUCCAGGUCUGGUGUUCAUGCUGGAGAAGAUCGUGGGGAUCGCCGUGUCCCGUAUGGGAGGCCUCUACAUCGUGGAGGUCAACCUGCUGCCUUCCAAGGUGACUCAUCUGGUGAUCAAGCGUCCCCAGUUCUUCCAGUUCAAACCUGGAGAUUACGUCUUCAUCAACAUCCCAGUGAUCGCCAAAUAUGAGUGGCACCCGUUCACCAUCAGCAGCGCUCCCGAGCAGUCAGAUACUCUGUGGCUGCACAUCCGCUCGCUGGGCCAGUGGACCAACCGGCUGUAUGAGUACUUCAGAGAGUUGGAGAGCGAGGCUCCGGGUCCCGGCAGACUCGCCACCAGCCUGCGGAAGCGCCGGCAGCUGCCAAGAGCUCAGGACGACCUGUUCAGCUCUGCCGACGGUAACGGAGCCGUGGCGUCUAACGAGGACGGCGCCAUCGAGCUGACGAUGUACCGACAGAACGGCUCGCCUUCGGGCGAGGCCUCCGAGUCCGGAGCUCAGGGGCUCGUGCAACCUUUUCCAGACGGUCUGGGAUCAGCAGAGCGAGGCGAGAUUUCUGCCAAGCUGACUGAGAACCACAGAUUCUGCAACAUCAAGUGUUAUGUAGACGGGCCGUACGGGACUCCGACACGGCAGAUCUUUGCCUCCGAACACGCCGUUCUGAUCGGGGCAGGAAUCGGCAUCACACCCUUCGCCUCCAUCCUGCAAAGCAUCAUGUACCGGUACCGCAUGAGGAAGCAGAACUGUCCCAGCUGUAAAUACUCGUGGUGCGAGAACAUCAAAGACAGCGAGAUGAAGCUGCGCAAAGUUGACUUCAUCUGGAUCAACAGAGACCAGAAGUCCUUCGAGUGGUUUGUUAGUUUGCUCACCAAACUGGAGAUGGACCAGGCCGACGAGGAGCCGGAAGGACGCUUCCUGGAGAUGCACAUGUACAUGACGUCAGCGCUCAGCAAGAACGACAUGAAGGCCAUCGGCCUACAGAUGGCGCUCGACCUUCUGGCCAAGAAGGAGAAGAGAGACUCGAUCACUGGACUGAGGACCAGAACCCAACCGGGCCGACCCGAGUGGGGGAAGGUGUUUCAGAAGGUGUCUGAGGAGAACAAAGGGAAGGUACAUGUGUUUUACUGCGGCGCUCCCGCUCUGGCCAAAGUCAUCAAAGCUCAGUGUGAACACUUCGGCUUCAACUUCUACAAGGAGAACUUCUGAGGAGAUCACGGGCUGUCAGGACACACCUGCAGCUGUGUGUGUGUGUGUGUGUGUGUGUAUUGCUGAUGUUGUGGAGAUGUACGGAGUAUGGAGCUUGGUUGAAAGUGACCUAUUGUUAGAGCAGCUUUGCAUGAUUUACAGCUCAAAAUAAUCCUUCUUUAUCUGAAUCUGGCCCUGGGAACUUCCUUUCAAAGUGGAAUAAAGAAAAUUUGUGUUGUAUUUGUAUUUGUUGUAACUUCUGGUGCCCUCUUGGAAAAAAAG